UCUCCCCUGCCUUCCUCACUUCCUCGGUGAGUGGCCGUGGUCGUGUGCACUGGUCGUCCACUACAGCCCUUCCUUCUUGUUAUGGUCAUUUCAUCUUUGAGCAGGACUUUAUGAAGUAAUUAUUCUGUGAUUCAAGAGGCGAUCAUGUUUCACUGGUUACUUGGUCUGUCAAUCCUGUACGUGUCCCUGUGUGUUGGUCUGGGUGUAGGACCUCGCUUGCGGGAUGACCGGUGGGAAGAGGCGCCUCCCACGACAAACUAUGAAUCAGGCGAUUCUGACGAAGAGACGUGGCCCUUGCAUAAGGAGGAGGGCAAGGGUACCGAUCCUGCGUCAAGUGUGAGAGCAGACGUGGCGUUGCUGGAAGAACUGAGGACCAUCACGGAACUGAUCCUCCGUAACCAGAGGGAAGAAAAGGUUCUUCCCCCGCUACCUCCUGUUGUACAUGACUGCUCGACUCUUAGACAAGCUGGCCUAAAGGCCAGCGGAGUGUACACGCUGUUUCCCUUCACAUUCCCGGUGUUCUGCGACAUGCUGACGGACGGAGGCGGUUGGACGGUCAUCCAGAGAAGGAUUCCGAGGGACGUCCACGAGGACUUCAACCGGCCGUGGGCAGACUACCGGCAGGGUUUCGGCGAACUGAGCAGCGAGUUCUGGCUCGGUCUCGAAGCGCUUCACCAGCUCACGUUCAGUUCGGACUACGAAUUGCGGGUCGAUAUGAUGGACUUCGAGUUCGGGGCCAAGUAUGCGGUUUACGGGGUGUUCCGUGUGGGACCAGAGAGCGAUGGAUACCGCUUGACCGCCACGCACUACUCGGGUAAUGCAGGCGAUGCUCUGUCGGUAUUCCACUCUGGCAGAAAGUUCUCGACGUUCGACCGCGAUCAGGACACAGCGCGGAACAAGAGCUGCGCCCGCGAGAAAGAGGGCGGCUGGUGGUUCCACGCAUGUUACGCCGCCCACCUCAACGGCGUCUACCCAGACGAACCUCAGAGACUGAGCAGUGGCCCUGAGAUUCGGUGGUGGAGCAACCAGGACCACGUCCUCGUCCUCAGCAACGUGGAGAUGAAGAUUCGACGGAUAAAAGGAUUUAUUCCGCCCUCCAGCACUCCCGCAGACGCAGAAGACACAGGCAAAAGCGCUGGGGAGUCCGACCAUACACCCGGCGUCGAGGGCAAUGGCGUGACACCUAGGGUUAACUCGGGCGAGGACGAACGCAUGGACUACGACUACCACUGGGAAGCAGAUAACGAAGUUAUUACCUUCGGGGAUAUUAGCGGAGACGUCGAGGACGAGUACAACGUCACAGAUCAUCAUGGGCGCUCUGACGUGAGCCCUUGGGGAGUCGCUAAAACGCAGGGAGACACAGAAGGAUAAAUGUCAUGUUUAGGAGGGGUAGACACUUUUGUGUUCAGGGUCCGCGCGUGAUGUACAAACCUUGUGUUGAGCAAUAGACAGCGUAAUUUUACUGAAUUUUACUGAAGAGUGCUGUGAGCUUUUAACAAUUUUGACUUGUUGAGGCAAUUAGUAUGGAAUGGUUAUUUGGUCGUAAACUACACUAGAAUUAAUAUUAAGCACUUCAGUGAACCUCAGUGAAAUGUUCACAUAACAUGAUGUAAUUAUAAGUAUGAUUAACCAUUUAACAACUCCAGUGGGCCUUCGUGCAACAUUUAUGCAACUGCACAGACAAGCCUAACCGUUUAUCAAUUUUGAUAAUUUCUUAUAAUGAGGUAGUACUUUGUUUGGGCAGUGAUUUUCAGGUUAUAAUGAGUUGUAUACAACUCAUCCAAUGAAAUAUUAAGUAAGCAGUCAUUACUCUUGAAAGUAAUUUUUAGCAAUAUUUUUUUUCACAAAUAAAGUAUGUUUAAUCGCAGCAAAAUGUAACCGAAAGAACAAAUUAAAACAUGUUGAACUGUAGAUAUGUAUUAUGCUGUAAAGUGUUACUAUGAUUCUGCAUAAAGUUUUUGACAAAAUGUAUUGUGCAUAACUUGUUUGGAGGCCUCCUUGGGGAUCCUGGAAGGACGGAGAGGCAGUGCCCUUUGCUCUCCGCCUUUAAUGACGCCCAUAGGAAAGAGCGGGGCAGAGAUAGAGAGAGAGAGAGAGAGAGAGAGAGAGAGAGAGAGAGAGAGAGAGAGAGAGAGAGAGAAUGAGAAUACAGUUGAGAUUUGUGAAGAUCUAACUUCGCCCGGCCCUCAUAUAUGGCCCGGCCUGCUAUUUUGUUCUCUAACACUCGGUGCUUACCAUGGUGGCGGGAUUGCCAGAAGGUGCUCCUAUCGCCAUGAUGUAAGCAUACCACAUAAUCUCUUUACCAGCCCGGCGGCCGAUGUUGGCAGUCCCUGUCUUAUAAAUUAUGUGCUCACAAUACUUGUAAGAAGUGUACCAGGGUGGCGUUCGGCUCGCCACAAUGCAUGCAACACCUGUCUUCAUAGUUUAUUGUCUCUAUGAUCUGCCAUGCACAGUGGGAACCUAGUCUGAUUCUAUGAAGAAUGAUUUCGGUACCUCUGUUGAGAGAGAGAGAGAGAGAGAGAGAGAGAGAGAGAGAGAGAGAGAGAGAGAGAGAGAGAGAGAGAAGGGGGGGUAUGAUAAAUAUGACCCCAGCAAAAUUAGAAUCAAUUGUUAACUAUCUCCCAAACUGAGCCUAUUCAAAUAAAACUAAACCGUCCCACUAAUACAGUUGCACAGAAAAAGGUAGGGAAGGAGAGAGGGAGACAAGGAGGGAGGGAAGGAGGGAGUGGGAAUGGGAGAAAGGGAGGGAAAUGGGGUAGUAAGGAAUGGAGAAAGAAAAGGAUGGAGGGAGGGAAACUAAAUAUGAAAUUGGAUACCUGUCAGAGAAGAAAGGACAUGGUAGUGAUGCAGCAGAGUUCAGGUCUGGGCAGCAGGAGCAGAUGCCCAAGUUCUGAAGCGUAUAAUAGCAUUGGAGACUGCUGCAUCCAUUCAGUUUCAUAUUUGUUAUAGCAAUGGUUACUCCUACAGGCAUAUGUAGACCUGGUGUGAAAGAAAGUUCUAUGCCGCAUUUGCUUCUGUGGCAGAUAGCUAUCCUUGGUGUGAUAACUACAUUGUACUGGGUAUCUUGAAAUACGAUAUCUGGCUGUGACUGAGCUGGCCACUAAAUUUCUAUCGUCACCCACGGCAUGGGAGAUAAAACCAGUAGCAAAACCAAUUGCCAUAUCUUGGAUUUCCUCAGGUUCUAGAGACUUAAAGAUCACUGGCUCCUGGUGCCCUGAACUUCAUAAGUGAUGCAGGCACGGCAGCAAGGAGGUUGACUAUAUUCUUGUUAGCACUUACAACCCCACCGGGCACACUGCUAUUCUCCUGCCAAACGGGUCCCUCUUGGCGAAUUACAAGGCAUAUCCACAGGACAUCUCUAUUUCCCCAAUUCAGAUUUGGCUUAUCUGUCUAAGCAAUUACUUCGCGGGUCUUUCCAAAGACCUCCUCCAUCAAGUAUUGUCUCAAAAGUAGACAGCCUGAAGAAUGAGAUCAUCUUUAAGGAAUCAAGGAAAGUGUCAGUAAUGUUGGCGGUCUCGGACUGCAAGCAACAGGGCUACAUUGGUCUCAUAAUGUAGUCACUGAUUGAACACGCGGUCCUCCCGAAUGUGCCCCAUUAAUUGACACAAGGACCUGUUGCAAUUGGGUCAAGACUAAACUUUAAAAUACAAGACAGAGUCAGUGUUAAGCAACAAACUCAAUAAUACCAGGGCCUUGAAGGCAAUGGCCAUUCUGCACAAGAACCAGGAUUUCUAAAUAUCCAUAUUAUGCGAGUUCAUGGCUCAAGCAGAGACAAUGAACAGGUUCUCAUAGUAGACCCCCAAAGUCCUGGAUCUUGGGCAUAGACCAAUAGACCUCAAGAUCUAAGAGCUAUAUCAUCGGAAAUCUCAUUAGGGUCUCAUAAGACUGGAAAAAAACCCAGUUGUUUUGGAUGAUAGGUCUACAUACAAUUCAGUCCAGUCUAGUGUUAGAAAUGCCUCACUUCUGAAUUUACAGGAAAAGUAGACAUGCCCCGUUUGUACCAAUAUAUAAGUUUACUAUUAAUCUAACAGUCAUUGCUGGAAUACCUUUAUCUUAAGAUAAAGGUAUUCAAGGUGCAACGACUCAUAUUUGAAUACAGGUUUUGAGCAGUCCAUGACUGAACUCAUAAUAAUGGUUUGAAAUAACCUAAAGAAUAAUGAUAGGUCUACUGUGGCUUUGCAAAGAGGGAAUCUAGAUUCCUCUGGUCUCAGUAGGUGGUCUUUGAAAGGUCUAUGAAGGAUGGGAGUGCAUACUAUACCUUUAAUGACAGUAAUAUCAUAUUAUUUAUGGUAUCCAUGAAAAUCAAAACAGGGGCCUACAUUCCUUCAAAGUACUCCCUCAAGACUCUAUGCAUAGUGCCAGCCUCCUUUGCCGGUCCAGAAGCCGGAGUUAUAAAUUGACUAUUCGUGUUACAUCCUGGAUGCAAAUAAAUUGCUUCCCGGCGUUCGCAGCCUCAAGCUUUGGAAGCAACCAAAGUCACAGGGAGCGAGGCCAGGUCGUGGGGGGAGAAGGGAGAUUCCUUGCUGCUUCAGGUACUGCACAGUGAGGCGAGCUUUGUAGGGUGCAGCACUGUCGUCAUACAACAAGAGUUGCGAUUGGCGAGGGGUUAGUGCGGUGGUCUGAUGUACCAUGAGAUGCAGUAGGACCUGGUCGGUGAAGUAAUCGACUAUGAUAGUGGACUACUGAGGCACAUUGGGCAUUGAGAAUUGAAUGUGGUGAAAAGGCGCUUCUGGCUUUGAAAUCCUUCCUUCAAAAUCUGUGGUCAAGGCUCUACGUCACCCAUCCAUGCCAUUUUGGACUUGCUUGUCCAACAUUGUGUGAAGAAAUACAAAACUCAUCUCCACUGGCAAUUUCUGAAAAACGUUUUGGACCAUUUAGCUUAAGUUCUGUCAGCCACAGACGAUAAAUCCGCACCCGUUCAUUCUUCUGAUCUUCCAUCAGCAAAUGGGUAUCCACAGAGAACACUUCCUCCUCAGUUGUAAGUGUUCAUACACGAUGUCAUAUGCAUUCCAAUAAAUGACGCCAAGCUCCAAGGAUAAGAACCAGUUACAGUUGGAUCUUCGUCAAUGAUGGACCGUUGUUGCUUCAGUCACAAAUGUACGAGGGCAUCGAGAGUGCUGGUCAUGUUUCUGUUCACUUUAUCCAGCGGGAAACAGUUUCCAGUGAUGGAUUAGAUUCAGGAUCAACUUGCGACAAUUCCUCUCAGAUCUCUGUUGCCUUUUCCUCCAGUUUCCACCUAGUGAAAAUGUAGAACCUGUAGUUUUCUUUCGAGCACUCUAUUAUUUCCGUUCAGAGAGCAAAUCCAAUGCUCACGCAUUCGCCCAGUACAACAAAACAAAACCUUACUUUCUUAUCUCCCCUCGUAUGUCGAACGAUACAAUGUCUCGAUGAUUACUAGUCCCAGUGACCCUUUCCUUUUGUGAAGGGGAUGGCAAUGUCUCCAAGCAGGUACGCAGGAUUGGUACUACAUUUCCAGAGAGGAACCAGCAGGACAACAUGUAAUGCAUGAGAAACGGAUUCAACACCAUAUUUACGCAGUUUUGCAGGGAUGAUGCAAUUACCAACUUACCAUCUUUCAGCUUGGAGAGUGCCUCCCUGAUUUUCAUCAGGUCAGGAGUUUCAUCAGUAACUUCUGCAACUGUACCUAUUUACCUAUUCCUCCUCAUUCAUACCUUUUCCUACGGGUUACUCUAUCUUCAUUCUCUUUUAAUUGGAGAUAUUUUCCAAGAUGUUGGGAAAAAAAGGGAAGUUAUCCUAAUACCACAACAAAUAUAAGUUAUGCAUUUCA